GUACUGCGCUUUCAAACAAACAAGACGUGUAAUCCUUUUUGUGACCACGUUAUUCAUCUUUUUUUAAUAGACAAUCUUUAAAAUGUCAUCCAUGUUUACAUCCGGGGUCUUGUUGAUUAACUUCCGGAGCUGCGCAAAUGAGUCAGCUGACAGUUGUGAACAACUAGCGGCUGCACGGUCUCAGCAGAAUAGACCCACAAAGGAAGAAUAAAUAUCCAGCCCCCCCCGUCCCUGGAAACUCUUCGUUACUGUAACAAAAACCGGACAGCCACCAACCCGGAUAAGCGGCCAAGUCCUCCCGCCUUCCGCAAGGAUGAGUGUCAGCGCUCCGAGAGGCCUGGCCAGCUCGGGGCAGAAGCUCAUCACGGAGAUCCUUCACCCGUUGUCCGCCGCCGAGGAGGAGCAGCUGUCCCCGGGGCCGGACGUCAGCAGCAGCUGCAGCGUCGGGGAAGAGAAGCAGGAACCGGGGCUGACCAAUGGCACGCCGGUUGAGAUGUCGAACCCCGCCCCCGUGUCGCAGCUGCUCAACAGGCUGCAGCUGGACGACGAGCUGGAAGCAGACCCUCAAGACCCCGCGGAAACCCGCGACCUYUUUGUCACCGUCGACGACCCAAAGAAGCACGUCUCCACCAUGGAGACCUACAUCACCUACAGAGUCUCCACCAAGACGACACGGAUAGAGUUUGACCUUCCAGAUUACUGUGUUCGUCGGCGCUACCAGGACUUUGACUGGUUGAGGARGAAGUUAGAAGACACCCAGCCGACCCACCUCAUCCCCCCGCUGCCUGAGAAGUUCGUGAUGAAGGGCGUGGUGGAUCGUUUUUCGGAGGACUUCGUGGAGACGAGGAUGAAAGCUUUGGACAAGUUCCUGAAGCGGGUGGCGGACCACCCUGUCCUAUCCUUUAACCCACAUCUCAACGCUUUCCUGACUGCCAAGGACCUGAACAAGCGUCAGGGUCUGGCCCUGCUGACCAAAGUGGGCGAAUCAGUGAAGCACGUAGCCGGUGGUUACAAGCUGCGGCCGCGCCCAGCUGAGUUCAGCGCCAUGGGCGAGUACCUGGACACUUUCAGCCAAAAACUGGGAACUCUCGAUCGCAUCGCUCAGAGGAUCCUCAAAGAGCAGUCAGAGUACCUAACAGAGCUCCGGGAGUARGGAGCCCUCUAUUCCAGCUGGGCAGGGUCAGAGGAGCAGCUGCAGCGCCCUCUGGAGGGCGUGGCUGGCUGUGUCACAACGUGCAGCGGAGCGCUGGAGGACACAAGUGACAACAUGAGCCAGGACUUCCUGCCUGUUCUUAGAGAAUAUGUUCUUUACAUCGAGUCCAUGAAGAACGUUUUGAGGAAGCGAGACCAGAGUCAAGCAGAGUACGAGGGCCGUCUUGAAGCAGCCAUUUUGCACAAACAAGAAGAUAGAACACCCAUUCCAGUAGAAGUAGAGCGAUGCCAGGACAAGGUGGAGUGUUUCAACGCUGACCUGAAAGCAGACUGGGAGCGCUGGCAGAGGAACAAGAGACAAGACUUCAAACAGCUUCUCACCGGCAUGGCUGACAAAAAUAUCAACUAUUAUGAAAAGUGCCAGGCAGCUUGGGAGUCUCUCAUAACUCUCCUCCAGGACAAACAGACUGAGGACAAAACAAGUGAGACGAACUGAAACCCGUUCCUUGCAUUUCAGCCCAUCUGUCUCUGUGCAACACUCUCAUGCCGAGGGGAAACAACAACAACAACAACAACAACCAGGCAGCAGGUUUUAACUGCUGAACUUCCUGGUCUUCUCCUGUGAGGUGACUUUACAGAGAGAGGUCGUCGCCGGUGCAGAAGGAGGUAACCCAUGGUGUGUUUAAAGACAGCUGGGAAAGAAGAGAAGCUUAUGUACAGAUCUUUAUUUGUUAUUUUUUUUGUCCUUUUUUUUCUAUGAACUUUUUCUACUUCGAAUUUUCAUUUAACAAGUCUUGCCAAUGCUACUUGUGUUUGUUUAACCACAGUCUUGGAGAGAAGCACUUUGGGUCUGCUCUCUGUUUUCACACUGAGCCAAAUAAGAAUAACCGUUGCAAAAAUCAGCCUUUUUUUUUUUUACUUUUUACCUCUAAAAAGUUGGAUCAGCGUUUUCCAAACAGUUACAAGAAAUGUAUCUUUCCAAGAAAAACUAAAAAUAGGAGGCAAGGAGAGAAGUUUAUGUUAAAGGCUAAGCGCAAAUGUGGAGGUGAGUUAGUUGCACGUUUUUYAAAGUGCAAUAGCACCACCUUGUGGCAAAACUCUUUUCAUCCCCCCAUUUACCACAGCUUUGUUGGUUUCUUUUAAAAUACUGUUAAUAGCUAUUUAUACUCAUUGUAUGUUGGAAUUCCACUUCUUGUUUUCAAGCUAAAAAAAUACCUCAGUCAGGAACGUUAAAGUAGGAAAUGACCUGAAAUAACCCCAAGAAAAAUAAAGUCUGCUUUAUUACAUCUUUGAAACCUUAAAAUAAAUCUGUCUUACUGUGGGACUGGUGAUUAUUCACAACUUUAAUAUUCUACAUAUUACAGYAAAACAAACUGAGAAGAAAAUAAGUUUGCAUCAAAAACUAUUUUUAAGAUAAGUCGGUCCUAACUGUAACAGCUUCACUUAGUUAUUUAACAGUUAAUAAUGAACAUAAUGGAGUCUGGAGUCCUGUUCAGUAAAGUACGGUUCAACCCACUCAGUGUUUGUCCUCGUCUGCAGAGCUGUGACUCAAAUGGAAAACAUUUUAAAUUGGAGCAGAGCUGCAGGACAUAAAACCAGUUAGUUUUCUUUGCUGUUUGUUGAUAAUUUGACUUUAAUUAAGGUUAAAACACAUUUGCUCCACUCGUAUAAAUGUAUUCUUUURGUGAUGGCCACAAGAGGGAAAGUUAGGUUGGUGGGAUUUUAUUUUAUUAAUUUUAUUCUAUUUUUCCACUUCAGUUGAACUGCCUAGGCUUUUACAUUUGGCCCAAUGUAGCAAAGACCUGACCAAUGGUUUGAGUUCAGGCUCAGGUCUGUGUCGGGACMCUAGCAUCACAUUUACACUUAAUCUUUGCUCAUUUCUGCCACAAAURUAUUUCAGAGCAUCAACAACAUUUCUUUUGUAAGUUAUAAAAAACAUUUAGAUUAAAGGUACUGUUUUGACACAUUUUUGUAUUUAGGUUGAAUAUUUUAAAUACAGCAAAUCUUAUUUUAUAAACCGGUGUCUCACUGGUGGGUCCGACUUCUGUGCAGUCAAAUGUAAGAAAAGAUUGGAUGUCCACAAGCUGCUUGUUUGGCUGCUUUUAGGAUUUUCUCAGCUGUCUUUUGUGUGUACUCAUCUUUUUUUUUUUGUCCUUCACAAGCUUUAAAACCUUCUGCUUAAUCUUACUGCUAAUAGUUUUUGGCUAUGUUUAAUUCAGAUGAAGGAAAGCUUUUUAGGUACCUCUGAUCAGGAAUUGAGGCAGCUAAAAUAGAGGUUCUACAGAUGCAUUGAUGUGAAAACGAAACAACAAAAACUGGAUUAGAUAGAGAAGAUACCAGAAAUAUCAAAAAUAUAAAGAGAAAAACAGUCAGGAGUAGAUAUUUUGUGCUCUUACUGUAAUAAAAGGACCGUUCUAUUAUGUUUUUGAAGUUUUCAGUUGUUUAGGUCUCAAAACUACGAAAGAGGAUUAGGACCYCUGGAAAAAAGAAAGAAGAAUUCUGACUUUUUUUUUUUUUCAGAAUUAGGAAAAAAAAUCAGAAUUCUGAGAUUAAAGUCAGAAUUAUUUUUUUUUCCAGUGGUCCUAAUCCUCUUUUGUACAAAACUGAUGUGGUGCACAACGAGAUGUUUUCACCAUACACUUUAAAUGAUACGGGACACACUGUUUGACUUUGUACAUAUUCUUCCCCAUUUGACUCAUAAAUCUUAGAAAAAAUCAAACCAUUGGUGCAUCUGUAGACCUCAGUUUGGUGCAAAUGAAGUAAAAAGUUUUGGCACUAUUCACACUUCGACUUGCUGAGUCUUUGUCGUACAAAAACACAUGUAGAACUUUGUGUUGGUUUAUUUUCAUCUGCAGGUGAAUAUUUAAAAGGGACUGAACGUGUGCACUAACAGUAUAAACCUUAUGUAAGGAACGUUUAUUAAAUUGCACACUGAACAGAGGUACUGUUGAGGUUUCAGUGUGAGCCAUAGCCGUCAUAAAAUAUGUUCUAUACUGUAUGCCUGCUGAUGGGUAUUUUUGCACUAAACGUGUAGCUCCAAGAUUGGAAAUCUAAUGACAUUUCUCUCAGUUGCUUGAAAUAAAUGGCAAAGCUGAUUUUUUUCCUUUUUUUUUUGGAAACAUAAGAAAUAAAAGCAGUGCCAUCAGCAAAGUGAAUCAGGGUGACUCUCCCUGCAGGGACGUCUGCAGCCUUUUUAGCUGGGGAUCGUUUUCUUUUUUCUUUUUUUUUUAUGUACAGAGCAAACGUUUCGAAGCCAAACCGUCUUUUCCUCCUGCAGAAUCACACGUGAGGAUAAAGUCUGACUCUCAGCACAGGAUAAAUAACUUAAACUUUUAUGGAAGUCAGAUGAACAUGAACGUGUGAAUCUUGAGUUUGUCUCUUUAUUUUCUCUCUCUGUUCCUCCCCAGUGUGUACUGUUUACGUUCCAGAUUGUACAUUUGAUUGUUAAUAAUAAUUUGUUGUAAUUAUAAAUAAGCUUGUAUACUGAUCUUGACCACAUUUCCUUUUUUUUUUUUUUUUUUUUGAAUAUACUGGACCAAUAAUAAAGAGAAUAAAUGAGUUUGAUAUGUUUUUGCAUUA